UGUCAGUUCCUAUUGCGCUCUGUUCUAGUCUCUUUUCCAUUUGGCUCACGUAAAUCAUAAAAAGCAGAGGCGACAAUGGACAGCCCUGCCAGAGACCUCUUCUUAUUUUAGCUCAAUUGUAGUUUCCCCCUCCCAUGUUAUCUCUACCUCAUUAUCUGUAUAAACUUGUUGUAGAAACUCAAUCAUCUUUCUAUCUAGACCAUAUUCCCUCAACUGGCUCCAUAACUUUUCUCGGUUUACAUUAUCAUAGGCUCCUCUAAUGUCUAAAAAAGCUAUCCAUAGCAGUUUCUGCCUGGCUGUCGCUAUCUCUAUGCACUGUGUUAUAACAAAUAAAUUAUCAUCUAGCCUUCUGUUCCUUCUAAAUCCAUUCUGCAGUUCUCCCAAGAUCUCUUCACAUUCUGCCCAUUCCUCCAUUCUCUUUUUCACCAUCUGCAUUGCUACUCUGUAUAUGAUUGAUGUGACAGUUAUUGGCCCGUAGGAUUUAAUGUUGUCAAGCUUGCUUCCCUUACCUUUGUAAACUAAUAUCAUUCUGCUUGAUUGCCAGUCCUGUGGAACAUCUCCCUCUACUACUAUUUGUUCAAUGAGUUGUGGUAAUUUUAAUUUACUUUUCAGGCCUAAUAUGCUUAUCGAUUUCAUAGGUAUGCCAUCCGGUCCUGUCGCUGUUCCCACGGGGACCUUGUGUUCAAUUCUGUCCCAUUCCUUACUUGUCAUCCUUCUGUACUGCUCCUCUAAUUCUGUCCUGCUGUUGUCAUUGUUCUCAAUUACGCUACCCACUGGCUUAAUUCAUGUGUUAUCUGUCUGAGUGCCAUGCGCACACGCCGAUCAAAUGGCCAUGAAUUAUUACCUCACCGCGGCGUCGCCGCAAUCUGCACGCGCUCAGCACACAAGGCACGCACAAAUAAAAGGACAUUAUUGUUGGCACAUCCGCGUGUUUCAUCCCGUUUCCGUUCAGACUCAUGGAUCGAGCACAGCUAGGGCGCCUCUGGCAGAUGCGCUCUCACAGCCCGGCGCGCAGAAAACGACCGCGUACAGUAGAGGCGGAAAAGAUCGCUACGCCGGACGCGAGACGGUACAAACAAGUCCAGAAUUGUUUUCCGGAAGACGCGGCGGUAUCCGGAAUGCUGAGUCGCAACGCACCAAGUUUCCAACGACUCAGCGAAGAACUAACCGGAACGGCCCGAACGCCGACUCUCGAAAUGAGCGCUGAAGUCACUGCGGGAACUCCGGCUCAAACGCCCAACGACUGCGGCCCCGAGACGCCCGACCGUUAUCAACCCGCAUUUCUCGUGGAAUGCAGCACCGGGGACACAACUGGACAAGAGAGCAGCAAGUCCGUCGAUGACGUCGACGUCGUCAGCAACAGCGCACCCGGUUGGCGUCGUGCCGUCGAAGCUUUACUGGUCGUCAGGCUCGAGAUAUACCUGGUGCUCUACGUGGUGGCACGAAAGAUGAGCACCACAGUCAUCCAGGACUUGCUCCUCCAGAAGUCCUGCCUCAACACGCUCGCCCUCAACUCCAGCGUCUGCUCCCAUCUGGACGACUUCGAGGACGUCAAGGACGAGGCCGAACAGUACGCCAGCACGACUAGCAUGAUGCGCGCCAUCGUGCUCCUGGCACCUUCGGCGGUCAUGGCCAUCUUCGUCGGGCCCUGGUGCGACAAGUACGGCUACCGGACACCGCUGGUGACCGCCAUGGUGGGCUUCAUGGCCAGCACGCUGCUGGACAUCUUCACCGUGUACCACAUGGCGAUGCCGCUCUACGCGAACAUCCUGUCCAUGAUUCCGGACGGUCUGUGCGGAGGGCCCAUCAGCAUCUUCACGGCCGUCUGCAGCGCGGCAACUUUGUCGACGAGGGAGAACCGCAGGCGCAUGAGGUUCUUCGCGCUCAGCAUAGUAAUGUCACUGGGCGGUCCCCUGGGCAGCUACGUCGGCGGCCAGGUGUACGGCCACUUCGGAUGGGUGCCCGUGAUGUACACGUCUUUCACGCUUGAGUCGUUAGCGCUCGUAUGGACCUUCGUGGCCAUCAAGAACCUCGCGAAACCGGAGCACGCGAAGGACGGGCUGUCGCUAAGGCUGAAGAAUUUCUUCCAGCUGCAGAACCUGACCGAGAGCUUCAGAAACACGAUGAAGGCCAGGCCGAACAGGGGACGGCUGCAGCUAUGGUGUCUCUUCGGGGUGACCGCCUGCGUCAUAUUUGACAUGUCGUCCUCGGGAAUCGCGUACUUCUACGUGCGCAAGAUGUACUCCUGGACGGUGGCCUACUACUCCACGGUGCAGUCGGUGUCCACCGUGGUGGGCGUGGUCCUGAACGUGCCCAUCGUGUUCCUCUUCGUGAAGGUCUUCAAGAUCAGCGACCCCGCCAUGGCGCUCGUCGGCUGCUGCUUCGCGGCUGCGCAGAUGGCCGUACUGGGACUCGCCUACGAAGAAUGGCUGUACUACCUGCAAUGCCUCGUGGGACUUCCCACUUUCCUCGGCCAGGUGGGCGUGCGGACCCAUAUCUCCAAGCUCGUGGCGCCUGAUGAAGUCGGCAAGGUGUUCUCGCUAAUGGCAUCGUUCGAAUCCGUGGUACCAAUCGUCGGCGAGGUGCUGCUCACCACUAUAUUCAACCAGUCCAUCGGAUUUUUGCCGGGAAUGCCUUAUCUGGUGGCCGCCGGAAUCAGCUGCAUUGCCGUCGGCCUCACUGCGUACGUCACCAAAGUUCACCGGUACAGCAUAAAGUACCAGGACAUGUCCAAGUCAGAGAUAUCCUCUGGGCCGAUCAACGACUGAAGAAUCAGCCAACCUGGGCACUGACGGACAACUCCAGACAGAUGCACACAUGCGCUUGGCAGCAACUAGCAUUAAGUGUGCAAGAUCUUGCAGUGUUCCUUCGUUGCCUUCUUUGGCAAACCGGAAGAACUUGAGCAAUGGCCUCCACACUAACUACCACAUCAGCAGGCGCAUUACUGUCACUGACCCUUGAGGCUCGCGUAUGCUGCUGCCCUGUGGAGACAGCUAUCCAAUUCUUUUACAAGGGCCUUUGUACUUACACGCCAUGAUUUCAAACCUAUUGUAAAGGCUGCCCAAGGGCUAUAAGCUGGGCUAGUGUCAGGCACGUACGCAGGGGGGGGGGGCCCCGGGGGGGCCCGGGCCCCCCCCGAAAUAAAGUGGCAUAACCCCCCCCCCCCUCCCCACCCACGCCACCACUCCUCACACAUUCCUAAAGCACCGCCAGAUCAAUGUUGAGACUUCGCAGCUGAUCAUCGGUCAGCAUUAUGCUGCCUUUUUCACUCCUUUUAGAUGGCGGUAGUUAUCGCCAUCUCUUGUAAUGUGAAGGACAGUUUUCUCGUAGAUUCCGCACCCGCGUGAUUAACGCGAGAUGCGUUCAGUUGUCACCAUCUAUUCAACCGCCACGCGCAUAGCUGUUGCUUUUGUUAGUUCAACCUUCUUUGUUUAGGCUGAUCCUGGGACCAGGAGAGGCCUGGAUGCGGCUGUUACUCAGCUGGCCUGCACUCUCAUGGAACGAGUUGCGGCUGGAGAAAACGCCAAGUGCGUUUAACUUAUCCCUUUGCUUCAUUAUUUCCUUGAGUUACGGCUCGCCGCGACGCUGGCAGAUGUCCGGAACCAUACAGACGUGAUAUGGGUUAGAUAAGGUGGGAAAUAAAAUAAUGUGAAAGAGCGUCCAUCAUGGAACCCUGCAAUAACCCUUAAACCCAUAAGCAAGAUGACUGUCGCCCGUUACCUCGUAUGUUUUUCCCUAACUGUAUAGCACUUUUCCUGCAAAAUUCGCAACUGGAAACAAAAAUCGCAAGGAGUUGAGAAAUUAAGCGAUCUACUAAGGGAGAGAGCCAAGGCGACAACCAAACUGCAAGCAAAAGCGAAUAAUAAAAAAGUUAACCGAUGUUUAUGAGACUAUUUAUGGAUCAACAUCUUUUUAUUUAAAAAGGAAGUAGAGAAAAAACGCCGCCGGAAGGGGAGAACAAUUGUUUUGAAUGACGCUUCUACAGUUAUCGGUCGAACUGCCUCACGUAGCCACUUCUCUGCUGUGCUUAUGUGGGUGUUUUUCUAACCUUUCGCGGGGAGCGCAGUACGUCUAGAAUCGCAGAGUCCACCGCUCUACGUGGUUGUAUGGCACUGGCGGCCGCACAGCAUUACGCAAUUCGCGGAACUGUCAAAACUGAUCAACAAGGCGAAAAUAACUGAUAUUCGAAACUAUAACAUGACAAAGACUGAAGAAGCCGUAAAAAAUGAACGCAGCCUGAAAUCAGUAAAAAAGAAACCUGGCAUAGGACAAACCAUGAUGUAUGCACUAAAAGAUAAGAAGGAUAAUCAUCAGCAAUCUCGAAGAUACAGUAAACGCAGCGGAAAAAUUCUAAGCUGACCUGUAUACAGUACCCAGAGGAGUCACGAUAGUUCACAUAGAAACAGUAAUGAACAGGAUACAGAAACUCUCCUAUAACUAGCGAUGAGGUCAGAAGGGCCCUGCAAGACAUGAAACGAUGAAGAGCGGGAGGAUAAGGUGGGAUAACAGUCGAUUUAAUCAGAUGGAAGAGACAUAAUGCUUGGAAAACUGGCGGCUCUUUAUACGAAGUGUCUAUCGACUGCAAGGGUCCCAGAAAACUGGAAGAAUGCAGACAUACUAAUUCACAAAAAAAGGAGACGUUAAAGAAUUGAACAAUUAUGGGACCAAAAACUUGCUCCCAGUAUUCUGUAAAAUAUUUACCAAAAUAAUCUUCAAUAGAAAAAGGUUGACACUGGAUUUUGUCAACCAAGGGAACAGGCUGGCUUCAGGAAGAGAUACUUUACAAUGGAUCACAUCCAUGUCAUCAAUCAGGUUAUCGCGAAAUCUGCAGAGUACAAUAAGCCUCUCUAUGUGGCUUAUAGAGAUUGCGAAAAGGCAUUUGAUUCAGCAGAGAUACCAGCAAUCGUAGAGGCACUACGUUAUCAAGGAGAACAAAACGCUUACGUAAAAAAGCUUGGAAAAUAUUGCUACAUGCGUGAGGUAUUUGUUUGUUUGAACGAGGCGCGUGGGCGCCAUCAUUCCAGAAAAGAGGAGGAAGAACGCACUGGGCUCGCGCUGUGAAUCUGACCGGUCAGCGCAUCAACCGUUGUGAAUAUAACCUGUAAAUAGUUUCUCGUCUUACUGACUCGUCUUUCGCGUUAGAAUAUCGAUCUACAGCUACCUUAAUUCUACACAAGAAAAGCAGGGAGAUACCUAUAGAAAAAGGGGUCAGACAGGGAGACACAAUUUCUCCAAAGCUAUUUUCUACGUGCUUAGAAGAAUUCUAGCUAUUAAACUGGGAAGGCUUAGGAGUAAAGAUCAACGGCAAAUAUCUCAGCAACCUUUGGUUUGCCGAUGACAUUGUUCUAUUCAACAACAAUGCAGACGAGUUACAACAAAUGAUUGGAGACCUUAACAGAGAGAGUGUAAGAGUGGGGUUGAAUAUUAUUAUGCAGAAGAUGAAGAUAAUGAUAAUUAGCCGGGCAAAGGAACAAGCGAUCAGGAUGGCCAGUCGGCCACUAGACUUUUAAGGAGUACGUUUACCUAGCUAGGUCAAUUAAUCAGAGGGAACCCUGAUCAUGAGAAGGAAAUUCACAGAAGAAUAAAAAUAGGUUGGAUCGCAUACGGCAGACAUUGCCAACUCGUGACUGGAAGCUUACCAUUAUUAUUGAAAAGUAAGGUGUGCAAUCAGUGCAUUUUGCCAGUGCAAUAUGUCCAGUGCCAAUGCAUUUGCCAGUGCAUUUCCCAGUGCAUUUUGCCACUGCAUAUGGGGCAGAGACUUAAUAAUAAUAAUAUUUGGGGUUUUACGUGCCAAAACCACUUUCUGAUUAUGAGGCACGCCGUAGUGGAGGACUCCGGAAAUUUUGACCACCUGGGGUUCUUUAACGUGCACCUAAAUCUAAGCACACGGGUGUUUUCGCAUUUCGCCCCCAUCGAAAUGCGGCCGCCGUGGCCGGGAUUCGAUCCCGCCACCUCGUGCUCAGCAGCCCAACACCAUAGCCACUGAGCAACCACGGCGGGUUGGGGCAGAGACUUGAGAACAAGUUAAGGACCACGCAAAGAGCGAUCGAACGAAGAUUGCUAGGGAUAACGUUAAGAGAGAAAGAGAGUGGUUUGGAUCAGAGAGCGAACGGGUAUAGACGACAUUCUAAUUGACAUCAAGAGGAAAAAAUGUAGCUGGGCAGGUCAUGUAUAGCGCCGGUUAGAUAACCGUUGGACCAUAAGGGUUACAAAAUGGGUACCAAGAGAAGGGAAACGCAAUCGAGGACGACAAAACACCAGGUGGAGCGAUGAAAUUAGGAAAUUCGCGGACGCUAGAUGGAAUCGGUUGGCGCAGGACAGGGUUAAUUGGAGAUCGCAGGGAGAGGCCUUCGUCCUGCAGUGGACAUAAAACAGGCUGGUGAUGAUGAUGAUGAUGGAGGUGGUGGGCCCCCCCCGAAAAAAAAUCCUGGGUACGUGCCUGGCUAGUGUACUUUACAUCCUUCAGUAGGCACUACAGCUUUUAGAAGCUUCUUUCAUUAAUUUACAGAAACUCUCUCUCUCUAUCAAUAGAUAGAUAGAUAGAAUUUACUGACAGGAAGAUAGAGAGGUCGACCUGAGCUAGUGCGCUCUAGUCUGCUCCUCUGUACUAGGGAAGAGGGAUGGGGAGCGAAAGUACAGGGAUGGAUCAUGAUGAUAAGAGAAGUGACAAGUGCUUAUGUAUAAUAGACAGUGGCCCCACUAGAGUCGCUCAUCUAGCUUGGUGUCCUGCAGAAAUUUCAACAGCGCUUUAGUUGCACACAUUAAAGUUGCAGUAUCAGGCUAUUGGCGGAGGAUAGCGUCCUCCGACAGUGGAUGCCUGCCAACGUAGACUAGGGAACUUUUGAACGUCCUUCGCUCCAGCUUAUAUGCUGGGCAAUUGCACAAUACAUGUUCCUGCAUUUCAGGCCUCUGGCAGUGUUCACAAUCAGGGCUGUUCAACUGGCCGAUGAGGUGCGAGUAGUAACGGCUGAAAGCAAUGCCCAGCCAAAUUCAGUGUAGCAGUGACAUUUUGCUCUGCGUAACCUUGAGAGGCAAACAGAAUUUACCGUCUAGGUUGAUCAUAUAUAGGCAUCUGUGGAUGUUGUCAUUGUGGCCUCUGUAUGCCUUUGUAAGGUCUUGCAUGAGUGCCUUGAUCAUACAGUUGGUGUCAGGUUGCGAGUAGGCAAUGUGUAAUUAAUCAGAGGAAGAGAAUGCUGAUCUUGCCUCACUGUCAGCAAGUUCAUUGCCCAUCACACCACAAUGACUAGGCACCCAUUGAAAAUUGAUGAAAUGGCCACCUAACUCGGCACUGUGAUGAAGUUCAGCGAUUUCCAGCACAAGCACAUAAUGUGGUCCUUUCUUUUGAAACCAUUUUAGCGCCUGUAGCGCUGAUUUGGCAUUGCAAAACCUGUACAUUUAUGAGGUGUCUGCGUUCUCAUAAAACGAACAGCCUCCCAUAUUGUCCCAAGUUCAGCAGCCGUAGAUGUUGAUUUGUGUUCUAAUUGAAAUCGCUGAAUAAUUCCAAGUUGUGGGAUAACAAAUGCUGCCGUUGUGGCAGAUGGUGUGACCAAACCAUUGGUAUAUACUUCUACAGUCCCAUUAUAAUGUAAAUAUAUGGGACAGGGUAAGCUGUUUCAAGCCAAUGGAAGAAACGUGAUUUCUUCGUAAUUCCGGGUAUUUGAAGCCUCACUAAUGGUCUCGGUAAUGUCCAUGGAGGUGUCUCAGGGAUGUUGGUGGCCUGGAACCUUGCAAGUGUAAUGCUUGUAUGACAUACGUAAUGCAUAGUCCAUAGAGACAAUGUCUUUGAACUUCCUAUAAUUUAUAGUGUCUAUAGACAGCAUACUACUGUGCAAUAUGCUUGUUGCUUUACCUUAUUUUGAUAUAUACAUACUGCAUACAUACUGUAUAUACACAUGAAGAAAUCUAAAGGCAACAAAAACUAGUCAGUAAAAAUGCUUAUGCAGACAGUAUAAGUCUAAUGGGCGCCUGCAGUGCAUGUGCUUAAGGUGCGCAUGAAUAACUUAACUAGAAUCUAAGCACACCAGGAGCCCACCAGAGAGGCCCAGAAUAGGCCCCUUGUUCAGUCAGGACUAACAAAGGUUCCUUUCUCCUCUUCCUCCUACAGCAAGGUUUGGGCAAUACCCUCCUUUGCAGACUUUGCACAGAUUAAAAAUUAACACAUGACACUUCUGUAUCAUUGCUAGUCUCUAUCAGCACAAAUAAUAGAGAACUGUAGCAUUGAUUAUCAACUGAGGUUAAUUGUUCGCCCUUCUGAAGGCACCCACAUAAUUCAAUGUUAUUUCUGCAGAACAGUUGACAGUCAACACUUUGUCCAGCCAAAUCUCUCGCCUAUCAUCUCAUCUUCUGCACUGCAAGCACACAGAUAUGAACUGCUGACUCAUCCAUCACUAUGUCAAUAUUAUUGUUUUGUUUUUCAACUGAAAACUUGCUGUUAUGUUGACAGGGACAAAUUGACAAUACUAUGCAAUAUUCAUACAGGUCGAAGCAGUUGGCCCAUAACCACUCUUCAACAACUUCCAGUUUACAUUAGCACUCUUGUGCACUUUUUGCGAUAGUGUACAGCAAUUGCGGCCAGUGAAUUUAUCGCUGAACAAUCAAAUCCAAUGUGUUUGAUUUGAAAUUUCAUGCUCAGAUUGUACUUACCAUUUAUUUCACUCUUUUUAUGUUUUGUGCAAACAGGCAAUAAAUAUUUAUGAAUACUGUUUACA